AACUGUGAGUUGCUGACGGAACUGCUUCUCUGAAAGAGUUGGAACUUCUUCUUCUCUCUAGUUGUAAAAGCUCCCCUGGGGGCAACCCGAGAUCCAGAAUGUUCCCAGCUGGGAUGGGGGAAAUUCUGAAGUUCUUACUAAACACGUUGAUGUCUCAAGCUUUGAAAAGAGCCCAAAUGCCAAAGGCAAGAAUCCCAGGGCAUGACCCACGCUGGUGUGAUACCCCAAUAAUUGUCUAACAAAUUCAGCAUGUAUCCCCUGGGCUUGACCAUCUGCUGGGCCAAGUUCCAGAACACUGAGGCAUUGUGGGAUUCAUGUGGUCUAGGAAAGACCUUUAACUGUCAGUUGCUAGUCGCUUUGGCGUUCCUCAAGUAGUCAGGUCCUGAGGUCUUUUCGCCGAGGUCUGUCCUGCUGUGUGGCUGAAGCAGAAGGAUGACCUUGCUCUGCAGGCAGCACAGCCUUGAACGGAAAAGCCGCGUCUGUGGAAGUCUAUGGGGAGAGAGAGCCACCUAGCAUGUCCCCCCCCAACCAGUCGGCAGAAGGCCUUCCCCUGGAGGCCUCCAACAGGUCCCUGAACGCCACGGAAACCCCAGAGGGCUGGGAUCCGGGGACCCUCCGGGCGCUCCAGAUCUCCCUCGCCGUGGUACUCUCCAUCCUCACGCUGGCCACCGUCCUCUCCAAUGCCUUUGUGCUCACCACCAUCUUGCUCACCAGGAAGCUCCACACCCCGGCCAACUAUCUGAUCGGCUCUCUGGCUACCACCGACCUCUUGGUUUCCAUCUUGGUCAUGCCCAUCAGCAUUGCCUACACCACCACCCGCACCUGGAGCUUUGGCCAGAUCCUGUGUGACAUCUGGCUGUCCUCUGACAUCACGUGCUGCACGGCGUCCAUCCUGCACCUCUGCGUCAUUGCUCUGGACAGGUACUGGGCCAUCACCGAUGCCCUGGAGUACAGCAAGCGCCGGACCGCAGGCCACGCGGCCACCAUGAUCGCCGUGGUCUGGGCCAUCUCCAUCUGCAUCUCCAUCCCGCCGCUCUUCUGGCGGCAGGCCAAAGCCCAGGAGGAGAUGUCGGACUGCCUGGUGAACACAUCUCAGAUCUCCUACACCAUCUACUCCACCUGCGGGGCCUUCUACAUCCCGUCCGUGCUGCUUAUCAUCCUCUAUGGCCGCAUCUUCCAGGCUGCCCGGAACCGCAUCCUGAAUCCGCCCUCGCUCUACGGGAAGCGCUUCACCACCGCCCACCUCAUCACAGGCUCCGCGGGGUCCUCUCUCUGCUCGCUCAACCCCAGCCUCCACGAGGGCCACGCGGCCGGCUCCCCUCUCUUUUUCAACCCUGUAAAAAUCAGGCUUGCAGACAGUGUCCUGGAACGCAAGCGAAUUUCCGCGGCUCGAGAAAGGAAAGCAACAAAGACCCUGGGGAUCAUCCUGGGGGCCUUCAUCAUCUGCUGGUUGCCCUUCUUCGUGGCGUCUCUGGUCCUCCCCAUCUGCCGGGACUCCUGCUGGAUCCACCCAGUCCUCUUUGACUUCUUCACUUGGCUAGGCUAUUUAAACUCCCUCGUCAAUCCGGUCAUCUACACUGUGUUUAACGAAGACUUUCGGCAAGCUUUUCAGAAAGUGGUCCAUUUCCGGAAAGCCUCCUAGUCUUCUUGGGUGGUGACUCUUGUUAUCUUUGGUGUCCUGUGACCUAACUGGGAUGGUCUGUCUUUACUUUUCCAGAGACUUGGGUUGAUUUAUGAUAUCUCGGGUCUUGGUUCAACUGACAGAAUUGCUCUUUGGUGUUUUUUUCUGCUGUCUUCCUGACUUCUGAGUCACCCAAAGCUGGGCUGCUGGGUGAAAGGGGACAGGACUGAAGAUUUCACUUAGCACAAUAUUUUCACAGUUUCUCUGUGCUGGAAGAAAUGUGACCCACAGGAUCCCCUGUUGAUACAGUUCAGGCGACUGUCUGGCUCUGUAGAAAAGACCCCAGGCUCAAAGGGAAGGCUCUCUGGCCUGCCUGAGAUCUGAAUGGAGCUCAAAGGAGGGUAGGUAAGAUGAAUGACUUGAAUUGAAAGAGAAUUUGGAACCAGGAUGAAGGAGUCUCCAUUCCACAUGACACCUUGAUUAGAAAAUAAUACCCCUCACGCCUAUAAUCCCAACACUUUGGGAGGCUGAGGUGGGAGGAUCACUGGAGGUCAGAAAUUUGAAACCAGCCUGGGCAACAUAGCAAGACCCCAUCUCUACAAAAAAAUAAAAGAAAAUAAUACCCAUGCAUUUUUUCCAUUGAGUCCUCUUACCAUUGAAUUUCUCCUAGUUGUCCAUGAGGAGAAAGUUCAUAUUUGAGGAACCAAUGAUAUAGAGUGAUUUGAAGAGAUGUUCAGGGAGUGGGGAGCAAGACAGUUGGGUCCAGACUGACUACCCUGUACCCUUCCUUCUUCAAUAUUGCUGCAUCAUCUUAGUGCUCUGAAUCUGAAAAUCAUGAUCACCCCACUGAAACAGAUUGAUGGUCUUUGGACCUACCAAGCUGUGAGUGGGACACCAUUCUGAAUUUUUUUUUCUGAAAUUUUUUUUUACGUCCCGUUAGAGAUCUGAGAUCUCAUUAAAGAUGCUGAGUCUUAUUAAAUAAAAAAGCAUGAGACAUCCUGACCAA